AUGACAUUAUUAGCAAAUUAUGUUUAUGAUAUUAUAUUAAAUAAUAUACUUUCAUAUAUUUAUAAUAAUGAUUAUUUAAAUUUUAAUCAUUUAAAUUAUCAUCAUUCAAUUGCACCAUUUUAUAUUAUUUCAAAUAAUAAUGAAGUUAUUCAGUAUAGUUUAGUGUGCAAAAAAUGGUUUCAAUUGGUUUCUCAAAUAUUACCAGGGCUAGUUACACAUCUAAAUAAUGAUACAUUGGGUUUUUUAAUGGAAAAGCCAUCAUUACCAUCACCAAAUCAAGAGGUUUUAGAACAGCUUCAAAAGUCACAACCUGAUUCAGCACAUCAUGAAAAACAAAACUAUAAAUUAAUUAAAUUAUCAGAUUCAACCAAAACUUGCAGAUCAAUUAGGGAUAAUGAUCAAGAAUUAAAAUCUCAAGUAGCUAAUAGUUAUAAAAAAUUAUAUGUAGAUGUAGAAUAUGAUGAAACUGAAGAAUUUCUAUCAAAUAUCAAUAAUUAUCCAAAUAAUUGCGAAUUUAAAAAAUUUGACAGUGAUUCUAUAAAAAAAAUUAGAUCUUUAGAAGUUAGUCUGUGUUCCAUUGCAGAAACUAUUCCUCUACUUAACAUUGAGCUUAGAUCUCUCGAAUGUUAUUUUAAUCGUUACAGUGCUGCAAAAAUUGAAAUAGAAUUUUUUUCUUCAGAGUUUCAAACCAUUCAAUUCCCAAAUUUAAUUAAAGAACCAAAAGAUAAUAGUAAUGAAAAUAUUUCACCAAAUUUAAAUAAUAGUAAUAAUAAUAGUAUAACCAGUAACAGUAAUAUAUCUUCAAGUUCAUUAUCAAAAUUAGAAAAUUUAUUUUUUUCAUUUGAUAUAUUCAAAUUAUUUACAGGAAUGAUGAAUAUUAAUUCAACAACAACUAGUGACCAAAUUGAAAGCCAAUUUGGUAAUAUUAUUAAUCAAUUAUCAAACGAUAAAACUCUUAAAAAAUUAAAAAUAGCUCAUUUUUGUAAGGCUGAAUCUUGUAUUUGUAAACCUGGUCCAUUAGGCUUUGAAAUGGUUUACUCUGGUAUAAAAACAAUUAUUGCUAAAUCCACUUCAAUUCAAUCAUUUGGUAUCAGCUUUGCCAAUGAAAAAGUUAACGAUUCAAUUAUUCAAAGUAUGAUUGAAAAUAAAUCUAUUAGAAAUCUCAUUCUCCAUGGCUUAAAUGCCGCAACCAUUAUCGAAAAGGUUUUACCAUUCAAUAGAUAUAUCAGAAAUUUAACUCUCACUCUCAAUGAAACUGAUGACAUUAAUUUAAUUUUAAACUCUUUAAAUCUAUUAUCAAAAUCAUCUAUAGAUUUAUAUAGUUUAUCUUUAGUAUUUGUCUAUAAUCAUUUAAAUACCGUUUUAGAAUCAGUCUGUAAUUUAAAUAUAUCAGUUAAAGAAAUUAGCAUUGAUGCUUCAACCACCGAUAGCACCAUAGUUCGAAGUGAUUUUAAUGAAGAGUAUGAAAGAACUAUAUUUUAUAAAAUCAAUCACAAUCAUAAUAGUAAUAUUAUUAUAAAUGUUUUUACUUUAGACUAUACCCCAAUUAGUAAAUAA